UUUUCUACUUGUACCUAAUCGUCCUAAUCGCUCGCACGUGAAAUAAUAACAAUUUUUGUUAAUUUUUUAUUUGACAAUAAUAUAUUUGAGAACAUAGUCAUACAAUAUUUAAACAAACAAUGGCAGAUUUCUUUAAUAAUAAUAAUAAUAGUGAUAAUUUCGACUUGGGUUCAUUGUCUGGUACCGGUACCACCGACAAAUUGAAAGCCGAUGAAAUACAAAAAGUUAUAAUGAUGGAACAACAGAAAGCUCAAUUAAACGCUCAAAUACAAGAGAUCAGUGAAAUGUGUUGGGAAAAGUGUGUGGAUAAACCUUCAGCAAAACUUGGUGCAAAAACUGAAGCAUGCCUUUCAAAUUGUGUUAAAAGAUUUUUUGACUCUUCAGUUAUUAUCGCGCAUAGAUUCAAUCAAUUGAUCCAAAGGUCCAACACUGGUUAGCCAAAUAUCUACGUUUUGUGUUCUAUUUUUAUUAUAAUGUUAAUUUUGUAGUUAUUGAAUGAGGAACUUUUCAAUAUAAAUCAAGUAAUGUAAA